AUGCCUAAUGAGGACAGCGAAGAACUUUACACAGCAUCAUUGAAGAUAGCGAAGAUAACUUUAGAGGCAAACGAUUGGGUUUACAGCAUGCAGAAACAAGACGACAGAGUACGCGAGAUAAUUAGCAAAGUUACGAGCGCAGGUAAAGGUGAAAGUGACGAAUAUACAGUACAAAAUGGACGACUUUACCGUAAAGAAAAGAACAAAAAGUUAUGGGUUGUACCUAAUGCGAUGCGGUACAAGAUAAUACAAAACGUACAUGAGAAGGUGAAACAUCUAGGUGUCGAAAAGACCAUAGAAGAAACACAAAAAUACUUUUGGUUCCCGAGGAUGCGUAAUUUCGUAAAAUCAUUCAUAAAGACGUGCAUCGAAUGUGCGUACAACAAGCAGCUAAGUGGUCGAAAAGAGGGUGAAUACCACCACUACGAGAUGGAACCAGUUCCUUUCAAGACCGUACACUUGGAUCAUCUAGGCCCAUUCCCGAAGAGCAAGAAGCGAAACGAACAUGUCCUAGUGUUCGUGGAUGCUUUUACAAAAUUUACAAUUGUAAAAGGAGUUCGAAGUACAGCAACACGUUAUGUCAUCGAGUUACUCAAUGAGAACAAGCUCAUAUUAGCAUUACAUCACGAUGAAGUCAUGAGCAACGAACAACUCAGUGAGGUACAAACAGAAGCAGCAGAACGAGUCAACAGUCAGCGAAUAAAAGCCAAGAAGAUGUUCGACGAAAAGCACAGUAGUCCAACACAGUACACUGUUGGUAAUUUAGUCCUAGCUGAAAACGAGCCUGCCUGUACUAGGAGUUCACGUAAACUAGAACCACCAUACAAGGGGCCAUUCAUCAUAACAAAACUUACUGAUAUUGCUGCUCCAGAGGAAAACAGCGACAAUAGUUCGGCGGAAAGCUUGUUAGAUUCAACUAUAGCGAAUAUCCCUGACAACGAGGGUGCAACAGGUGCACAAUCGCCACAGCCGCAAGUCAAUUUAUCUGAAACAAAAUUAGCUACAUUACUACAGAUCAUUUCAUUUUUACGCCAAUCUGUGGAUGAGCUUCGCCAAGAGACUGGUCACAGCCGGGAAGAAAUGAAGGAACUCCGGGCCAGAAUAGAAAGUGAGGCUAGAAACGAUAUUCAAAAUGCUGAGCUGCCACUUUCGCAACCGUCAAUGACGCCACAGCCGCAAUUAAAGCAAAAGAAAAAUGACGCAAACAAAAUUAACCCGCUUGUUUCGUUUUUCUGA